UUCUGGUGCCAUUGAGAAGGUUAGAAAAAGUGUUAAUUAUUGGACAUUAACACCUAAAAGAGAAGAGAAAUUUGAAGAUGCUUGUUUACAACUAAAUUGUCCAUUUAAGAAACCGGUUGUUGAUUGCAAAACUCGGUGGAACUCUAUCUUUUUAAUGCUCCGAGUUGCAAUUGAAUACAAGGCUGUUUAUGAGCGGUUGUCACAGAGAGAGAAAGAGUAUGAAGACUCACCUAGUGAAGAUGAGUGGAAAAUGGCUGAAGAUGGAAUUGUUUUAUGAUGUAACCAACUUGUUUUCUUGUAGAUCUUAUCCCACUGCAAAUGUCAUUUCCCCCAAGAUUUGUGAGAUUAAAAAUGCUUUGGGUAUGUGGAGUAGUUCUACGGAUGAAGUUGUUUUUGAAAUGGUUAAAUGUAUGAAGGCCAAAUUUGACAAGUAUUGGGGUGUUGUCACUGAUGUGAUGGUAGUUGGUACUCUUUUAGACCCCAGGUUAAAACUUAGUUUUAUCGACAUUUACUUUCCUUACAUUUAUGGAGAAAAAUCUUCUGAGGAAAUUGUUAAGAUAAAAGAGUUUUGUCAUGAUUUGAUUAAAGAGUAUAAAAAGAAACUCAAGUGAAAGGAAGCUAUGAAUAUAUCUCCAUGCAUAAACCCUGAAGUGGAAGAAAAAAGUGUUGCUGGAAUAGUGCCUUGGCAGUCAAUAUAUAAAAGUCAUCAAGUUGCGCAAAAGGGGAGGGUCAAAGGAAAGCGUAAGUCAGAAUUAGAUAUGUAUUUAGAAGAAGCGGUUUUGCCUUUUGAAGAACCUUUUGAUAUAUUGGGUUGGUGGAAGCAAAAUGGCUUAAAAUACCCAAGUUUGCAAAUGGCAGCAAGAGAUUUCCUAGCAAUUCCUAUCUCCACUGUUGCUUCGGAGUCUACGUUUAGCACUGGUGGUAGAUUUCUCACUCCACAUCGAAGUAGAUUGCGGCCAGAUACUUUGGAAGCAAUGAUUUGUUACCAAAACUGGCUAUGGAGUAAUUUGAAAGGUUCUUCGCCAUCAAUGGAUAUGAGUAAAAUGAUGGAGUAUUCCACCACAAUAUUGGAAGAUAUGGAUGUUGACAUUGAGCCAUGUGGUGAAAGUUAAUGAAGAUUGAUCAAUAUUAGUGGAAUGAGGGAUGAUGAAGGCGCUGUCUGGUAGUGGUUGAUUUUCUUACUGCAGAAUUUUAUCCGGAGCUAUUGACCUAUUUUGGGCCCAACUGAAAUUUAUUUUCUCUGGAUUACAUUGUUUAAUGGAAAUCUUAAUGUACCAGAGCGGUCUUUUGGGUAGUUGUUAUCAGUUUGUGGAUUCUUGGUAUUGUAGACAUGUUUUUAAA